AUGUCUCAGGACUCUGGAAAGCAGAGCGCCCCUGGUCUUAUUCCCGUGAAGAAUGCUCAUGGUGUUAGAUUUCUUGGUUUGAAAUCUCUGUCCCCUAUCUCUACUAGGGUUACUCGCUCUUCCUCUGGAAUUGCUGCUCAAUCAUCGUCCCCAGGACACUCACCCACUCCUAAGAAGAUGCGAACCAAGCAAGUUGUGACGAAGAAGAAGACUCUCUGUGCCUCUCCAACCCUGGAAAAUUCUCCAAUCACUGAGUUUGAUACUGAAAUUUUGGCUGACAUUCGUGAACCAGAUAUUGUGCAUGCAGAAGAUUUGCUUGAUCUUGCCAGUGCAAGGGUUUCUGAGCCUCAGGUUGAAUCAAAUGUGGAAAAAUCCAUCUCUUUGUCUGAAGAUUCUACAGAUGUUCAAGAUGAUGUUCCUACUGUGAAGAAAUCAGUAGUCAAGCCUGUUUCUGCCAAAGCGCCUCCAGAAACUUCUUCCAGGAAAGGGAAAGAACAUGUGAUCAUUGAUUCUGAUGGCGAUACUUCUGAUGAUGUUGAUGUGACUGUGAAAAAUAUAGAAAGCAGGUUGAGGAAGAAGAAACAAGCAACGUCGGUCAAGUCAUUUACAAGGACACCUAAGGGUUCCAAAGCUGCUGGCUCUGUAAAGAAAAAUAAAGGAGAGUCAACAAAUAAAGGAAAAGGGUUGAGUGAUCGAAGCAAGAAAAGGAAGCAUGUCUCUGACAGUGAGUCAGAUCAAGAUGAUGAACCAUCUGUGCCUGACAUCUCUACAACUGGCAGGAAGAGAGUUAAGGGUAAACGAGUUCCCCUAAAUAUUGUUGAUGUCCCUUUGGACAAUGUUUCAUUCCAAUAUGCAGAUAAUGCUCAGAGAUGGAAGUUUGUCUCUCAUAGACGCAUUUCUAUAGAGAGGGAGUUGAGUGAGGAGGCCUUGGAAUUUAAGGAGAUCUUUGAUCUCCUUUGUAAAGCUGAGUUGAUGAAGACUGUCAAGGGCAUUGGAAGGUGUUAUGAGAAACUUGUGAGGGAAUUUAUUGUCAACAUUCCCUCUGACUGUGAUGAUGAAGGUUCUGCCGAGUUCCAUAAGGUAUUUGUAAGGGGAAAGUGUGUGCAUUUUUCUCUAGCUGUGAUCAAUGAAUUUCUAGGAAGGUCUACAACAGCUGUGGUUGAAGGGGAGUCUGAUCUCCAUAAGAUUGCUAGUGUUAUCUCUGGCAAGCAAGUGAUGCAGUGGCCCAAAAAGGGUCUAUUACCUUCUGGGAAGUUAACUGCCAAAUUUGCUGUCUUGAGCAAGAUUGGUGCUGCAAAUUGGCUGGCAACAAAUCAUACUUCUGGUAUUACUCCUCCUCUGGCCAAGUUAAUCUUCUGGAUAGGUACUGAAGCUAAGAUGAAUUUUGGACAACAUGUAUUGAGCAGAACUUCAAACAUGCUGGUUCCUAUGCUGUGA